AUGGCAUUAAACUGUACAUCAUGUUUACAACUUGAUCCAUCUUUUAGUUGUAUUUGGUGUAAUAAUAUGUGUAUGUUUAAAAAUCAAACAACAAUAACAAAUAAAUUAAUAUGUCCAAAUAGUCAAGAGUGUUUAUCACCUAUUAUAGAAACAAUUGAACCAUUAUUAUUACCAAUGAAUGGAGGAACAUUAGUGACAAUUAAAGGAAAUCAUUUUGAUUUAUUUAAUUUAUCUAUUUAUUUAGCUGAUAUACCUUGCCACUUAAUUGAAGAAGAAAGUUCAAAUACUAAGGAAGUUAGAAUUAACGUAAAUGCUUUGCGAUUAGAAUAA